UUCGACCCCCAGCGUUCCCAACCAAUCACUAAGCCACGGCCUCACCGGGUUUUUAUAUACCUUGCGGGGGAGUUGGGGAAGAUAGAGGGAUCACGAAAAAUGAAAAUGUAAAAGUCAUGCUUGGAAUAAAACGUAUCUUGAAUAGACAUACUUGUGUUCUCUUUUCUAACGAUUUCCCCCGAGAUCGCCCACCUAGCCCACAUCGCCCUCUGGAUUCCCCCGAAGCCUGCGUGCACCUUCAUUUUGGUCCUUCGAGCCGGAUACAUUAAGCAUUGGAGAGAUUCCCCCCUACGAUCCAGCUUGCAGCGCGGGAACUUUGAGGAACCAGAAUCCAAGCUAAGUACCAGCUUUGCUCAUUCGAAAACACUCCGUCCGUCAUCUGCAUCUCCAUCCAAGUAUAUGUAUGUACAUAUCACCUAAGUCCCAUUUUCCGCCAACUCUGGCACCCCAUAUAGGCACUCCAAAGCCUGUUAUCGCUCUUAAUUGCCUAAACCACUCAUGCUGCCUACUCCGUUGGCCCUCUUGCCUGCCUACCGGUCUCCCGGAAUCAUUCCAAGCGAGGUUUUUCUCCCCCUACAACAGGCACCUCAUACAUAUAUGUAUGUACAGAUGUACUGCUGCUGAGAUCCGUCGCCAUUCCACAGGUGCAACCACGGUCUCAUUAUGGCACCCCAGCAGCCCACACGCACCCAACGCAGAAGCACCGAGGGCCAAGCUCACGACAGCAGACGUACCCGAGGUACUAUGUCCUACCGUUGCCGAGUCUGCCGAGGCGUCCAUCCUCUUAGGAAGUGCGGGCGGUUCCUGCGGCUAAGCGCUGAAAAGCGGUUGCGGGCAGCACUCAUCAAUCAGUACUGCCCCAACUGCCUAGCCCAUGAGCACUCGGGACGCGACUGCCGCAGCGGAGACCGGUGUCGGCAUUGCCACAAGCACCACCACACCCUCCUGCAUAUCCCGGACACAAAUCGUCGUCGCCCCACAUCCGUCACACCAUCCUCACCAGCUGGACCUCGAGCUCCGACGACGACAUCCUCCGCCUCCCGCCGACCUCGAACGCGGGACACAGCGACUGAUCGACGGCCUACUCCUCCGAGGACUUCGGCAUCCUCCUCCAGCCGACCUCCGACUCUGACCACACUGCUGCAGCACCGCAACCCGCAGGUACUACCGACCGCAAGCGUCACCGUCGACAACGGGACCACCACCUAUGAGACCAGGGCGUUGAUCGACCCCUGCCGCCCCAUGUCAGCGAUCAACGCGUCGCGGGCCAAGGCCUUCCAUUUGCGCACGUCCAUGAUCGGGGAUGAAGAAGCCUGUGCAGCAGUGCUCCGGUCACCGAUGUCCCCGGACUUCCAGUUGGAGGUCGAGCAAAUUCAAUCACCUAACGUUGGCAGACGACAACUUUCAUUGCCCGGCCACUGUGGCUCUCAUUCUGGGAGCGGACGUGUAUGGUGACGUCAUCCGCGAUGGAAUGCUGCCGAGUGCCGAGGGGCUCCCCAUUGCACAGC